AUGACUAUUCCUGGCGACUGGAUUGGCUACUUCGGCAGACAUUUACGGGCGACUUCCUUUCGUGAUCUGCUCGGACACCAAAAAGUCAACCACUUUCCCGGCUCUUUCCAGUUGGGCCGCAAAGACCGCCUCUGGAUCAACCUCUGCCAGAUGCGUUCUCGCUUCGGCCGAGCAGAAUUCGAUUUUGUACCGCGCACCUAUUGCCUUCCACGGGAGUUGCGUCGCUUCCAUGACGCUUUUGAGCGCACCUCCUACACCAACCAGCGACAGCAGCAAAAAAACCAGCACCAUACACGCCCCUUUGCUAGUCCGUCCAAAAGAUCAUCACAAUCUCCUGGUACGGCAGACAAGUGCACCAAUAGAAGGAGAAAAAUCAAACCGAAGGGUGUUAAUAAGCCGCAGCAAAAUGCUGACAGACUCGAGCACAUGCCUGACGAGCUUGAAGGCGGAGACAGGGUUGAGCAUUUCCUUGAGCAAACAGCUCUCAAAACCCAUUCUCCGGCUACAUUUCAGUCAACCCGCACCUCUGUCUGUUUGGCUGGAGGAGGUGAGACCGAUGCAGUGGCCGAUUCUGGUGGUGGAGCAAUGCAUUUGAUUUUGACCUCCGAUCAGCUAUCGCCAGUUGGCCGGCCAAAGUCUAUUGAAGAGAAUUGCUGCACUACUUUUGCAAUCACGGCGAAUAAGCCAACACUUGGCUCCGUGCGCAGUCAAACUGUUCCAGUCACCGCAGGGACCAAGUGUCCGUGA